CGCCCCCUAGCGGGUGGUGGCGGAGCAGCGGCUGCCUGAGAUAACGCCGUGCGCCCGGCGCCGCUUCCAUUGCCCUUCAUUCUUCGGUGCUCAGCGGGGAGGAGGGCAAGUGAGUCCGCCCCCACUCGUGAUCUUCGCCUCAUGUCGGCCCCGAGCGGGUGUUGUUGGGGCGCUCACAGCCCGGCCUGGAUGCCCCUGAAGUGCCGGGGCCGGAUGGCAACACCUGCACGCAGCUCCUGUCAGCCUGAGUAGGGUCCAGCGACAUGGAGGGGAACCGAAUGCUGCGUGACUGCCCUGAAGACAAGAACUGUACGACGUCCAGGAAAGAAGCAGCUGAAGGUGAUUUGAAGGCAUUCUGGACACAACUGGAAAGUAAGAGAGUGGAUCUCAUAUUUGAGCAGGUGCAAGAAGUCCUGCUGCUGCUAAAGGAAAAGAUCAAGAAUGGAACAGCCACAAAUCAAGAAUACUGGCAGGCGUGGGCAUUGGUGAACGAAGCUGAUCUGAGUGAUCUUUUAACAUUGACAAAUGUAAAUGAUGUUCUUGAUGGAGAGGAUAUCCAGGAACCUAAACGUAAAUCGCAGCAACCUGUUACAGAUGACAACAGUGGAAACUCUGUAGAGGAUUCACCCAGUUUUCCUCCUCUUGUUCCUAUUAGCAAAAAGGAGAAGACUGAAAAAUCAGAUUCAGAGACUGAGGAAGCGUCGAGUGAAAUUCAACAUGUACCUUUAGAUCCCCAGUAUCAGAUCCACAAGUGCUCCAGUGCAUGUCUCUCCAACAGAGCAAUAAGCUCCUACAAGGGUGAAAAUCCUCUUAAGAUACCAAUACUGUUUCACUUCCAAAGACGCCAUGCGAAAGCAGACUGCCUUUCCAAAUCCCUGGAUGUGCAUUAUAAAGCUCCCUGUGGCAGAAGUCUGAGAAGUUUUCAAGACGUUCAAAAUUAUUUGUUUGAGACAAAAUGUGAUUUCUUAUUUAUUGAUCACUUCUCUUUUAACACGUACGUCCUGUUGGGCAGGAACACUGUAAGUCCGGAACCGCUUGUGUUUGAUCUUGAUAUUAGCAAUGGGGCUGAAUCUGUGCCUGUUUCCUUCUGUAAUGACAUUGACCGUGCCAGAUUACCUUAUUUUAAAUACCGAAGGGCAUCGUGGCCUCGUGGAUAUUAUCUCAACAAUUUAUCCAGCACGUUUCUUGAUUCGUGUGACUGCACAGAUGGCUGCAUUGAUAGGUCAAAGUGUGCGUGUCUACAGCUGACUGCAAGAGGCUGCCGAAAAGUUUCUGUGUCUCCCAAUGCUAAAACAUCUCGUGGAUACAGUUACAAAAGACUGGAAGGGCCUGUUCCUAGUGGAAUUUAUGAGUGCAGCGUGUCAUGCGGAUGUGACAAGAUGAUGUGUCAAAACAGAGUUGUACAGCAUGGCAUUCAAGUUCGGCUGCAAGUGUUCAACACAGAGAAGAAGGGUUGGGGUGUCCGCUGCCUUGAUGAUAUCGACAAGGGGACGUUUGUUUGUACUUACUCAGGCAGGUUAAUGAGCAGAGCUGAAGUUCAAGAGUUGGGAGGCGCCGAUCAAGACUUGAAGGAGGAAAGUGCUGUAAAUGACACGGGGUAUUUUCUUUCCAAAAGAAGAAAACUUGACUCCAGCUGUUCAGACUCUGAGAUUGAAUUCGUGCAGACCAGCAAAGAUGACAUCCUUGAGCAGCAGGAACCUUCUGGUAAUGAAAAUGAAUCAGCUCUAAUUCAUCCAAAGAAUUUGAAUGCUGCAGCCGUGAGAAGGCUUGGAACUAGAAUAGCUGUUGUGGAUCAUCGCCAGCUAAAAACGGAGGUUGAUACACUGGUGCACAGCGGCAGCUCAGAUGAAGAUAAUAGUUCUCAGCCUGAGCGGUCAAGCAAAAGAGAACAGACCAGUGGAACAAAGAAAGAAAAAGAAAGAUCCAUCCAGAAGCAGAAGGAAGAAGAUCUGGUGGAAGUUGGACAGACGGAGCCUGCUGAAAUGGGCCGUGCUGAAUGCAGAAGGAAGGGGCUGUCUCUGAAGGGUGUUGCUUGUGGCAGAUCAGAUGUGCUGAAUGAUAAACACGUUGUGAAGCCAUCCACAAAGGUUCCACAAAAAGCUGACUGCAAAGAGGAAGCUCACAGAAAGUCUAAACAAGGCAUAUUUUGUAUGGAAGCAGACGGUGACAGGACACUUCUGAAGAAUGCUAACAAUGAAUAUAUCUAUAUACUAGAUGCCACAAAAGAAGGAAAUGUGGGUCGUUUUCUUAACCACAGCUGCUGCCCCAAUCUCUUUGCACAGAGUGUGUUUGUAGAGACUCACAACAGAAGAUUCCCAUGGGUUGCUUUCUUCACAAACAGGCACGUGAAAGCUGGAACUGAGCUCACGUGGGAUUAUGGCUAUGAAGCUGGAACUAUGCCUGAGACAGAGGUUUCCUGUUGGUGCGGAGUUCAGAAAUGCAGGAAGAAGACCUUAGGAAUUGAAGAUUCCUGCUGUGGACUUGCCCAGAAACCACCAAGUGCUCUCCAGAUAAUGGCGAAAAUGGUGAGGAGGACGUGUGCGUUCUGUUCAGAAGGGGAUGCUGCUUCUAUAAUGUACGUUGCCAAAGAGCAAAAUAUUGCAGCUCAUCAGAAUUGUUUGUUAUUUUCCUCUGGAUUUGUGGAAUCUGAAGAAUAUAACCCAGAAAAUCUAGAUUUAAGGUUUGAUGUGGAGUCUGUGUUGAAUGAACUCAAGAGAGGAAAGCGUCUGGUGUGCAACUUCUGUCGCAAGAAAGGAGCUACAGUGGGGUGUGAGGAGAGAGCCUGUCGCAGGAGCUACCACUACUUCUGUGCCCUGUGUGAUGAUGCAGCCAUAGAAACAGAUGAAGUAAAUGGAGUCUACCGAGUGUUCUGCUCGAAACAUGACCCAGGCAACAGGACCAAUCACUAUGAUGCAGCUAAUAAGAGGAGAAGACAUGCAUCGAAAUCUUCCACCAUCAUGGAACAAAUGAGGACAGAAGAGACGGCAGAAGAAAAUGGAUUACGGAUACUAAGGAGGAAAAGCAGCAGACACAAAGUCCGAAUCGACUUUCUCAGGAAAUGCAAACAAGCUGGGCUUCUGGAUGACAUAUUUGAAGAGAUGUUGGACACCCUUCACUUGGCACAGGAAAAGCUGAUGGAUGACAACACUUCAGAGACAGAGUAUGAAGAGACGGUAAUAUCACUCUUUGACUGUGGACUGUUUGAAAACAUACUGACAAAUAUUCAUUCAGGGACUGAGGAAAGAAUCCAGGAACUGCUGGAAAGCAGGAAGAGACUGGAUAACAAGAUUGAGCUCCUGCAGGAGUUAAAAGAAGUUUCCCUCCCCUCCCAAGAGAGUGCUGCCAGUACAUCCAGUACAGUGUCUGAAUAACCCCCACAGAUGUCAGCCAUGGUGUCAAUGCUCCAUGUUUUCUAAUGAUAAGAAUCAUAUAGAGCACAUCUGGUCAGUAUGUAAGCGGUUUCCUUUCUCCCAGGCAAUGGCCACAAGGGAAGACUGGGUGUUUUUACUCAUUUUUAUACCUCACUGUUGCAAUAACUUGAAGUUGUUACUCUUUAAAUCGUAUUAUAUAUCAACUGUAGGUUUUGUAAAGCCAAAUAAAACCCUCUACUGGGACUUUUUCCUUCAAAGCCAAGGGACUACCAUCAGCUGCCACAGAAGGCUUUUUCAAGUCACUUUAAUUGCAGCAGCCCCUCCUGACUGUGUGAAGCAGCCAAUUCCCUGCCUGCAUCUACGUACGCACUGUUGUUAAAAGGACUACAGCACUGCUCUGGCUUUCCAAAGAAGAUAAACUAGCAGGACAUGCACUUGGAGAGAAGUCUUCUGAAUUGUAAGAUGGAGGUUUUUCAAGUGUUCAUUGACUGCCUAAAAUAUUCGGUCUGCUGUAGCAGCAGUGGUAGAGCAGUGGUUACAGGCAGACCAGAAGUGGUUGGGUACUACAGCCUGAUCAAUGUGUAUAGCAUAGAAUGUAUCAAACUACGGGACCGUCUUCCUUUCUUCAUUAAGAAAGGAUUCAACUUCCCCCUGGUUUAUUAUAUUCAAAUGGCUUGAAUACAAAAAAGCAUUGAUUAGCUACAAAGAGGGUAACUUAAUGAAAAUAAAGUGUUUUUAAGGAA